CAGAAGGGGCACCGCUGAGCUGCCGAGAGGAGGCUCGGUCCGCCCGGCUGCCCGCCCACAGACAGCCGGCGAGGGGUAGUUUCUGGCAAGGGGGAAAAAAAGGGCUGAAGAAGGCGCAGCACCCGCUCUGGCCCUUGGCACAACAGCUCCAGCUGGCAGCAUCUCCUCCCACCAAUUUAUCCAACUUCUGCCAAGACUCUGAAAUGCCAACUAUGUCGAGGCCUGCACUUGAUGUCAAGGGUGGCACCUCACCUGUGAAGGAGAAUGCCAGCCCAGAGAUGAACUCUCUGGCCUACUCUAACCUGGGGGUGAAAGAUCGCAAAGCGGUGGCCAUCCUGCACUACCCCGGGGUAGCCUCGAAUGGAACCAAGGCCAGUGGGGCUCCCACUAGUUCCUCGGGAUCUCCAUCUCCAAUAAGCUCUCCUACUGCCACCCCUCCCACUAAACCCCCACCCUUCAACCUGCACCCCGCCCCUCACCUGCUGGCCAGUAUGCAGCUGCAGAAACUAAAUAGCCAGUAUCAUGGGAUGGCUGCUGCCACUCCGGGCCAACCCGGAGAGGCAGAGCCCCUGCCAAACUGGGGCUUUGGGGCUCAGGCGGGGGGGGCGGGAUCACUCUCUCCUUCUGCCGGUGCCCAGAGCCCUGCCAUCAUCGAUUCAGACCCGGUGGAUGAAGAGGUGCUGAUGUCGCUGGUGGUGGAACUGGGACUGGACCGGGCCAAUGAGCUUCCGGAGCUGUGGCUGGGGCAGAAUGAGUUUGACUUCACGGCAGACUUUCCAUCUGGCAGCUGAUGCCAAUUGUUCCUAAAGAUGGAGGAAUAAAGCCACCAAUUCUGUUGUAAAUAAAAAUAAAAGUU